UUUCUCUAAAGCCCAAUCCUCAGAUUCAUCUCCUUUUGUUGUUGUUUUCCGGGUCUCUAAAGUCAACUUAGUUGCAGAAUUUGAUCGUUGCUGAUUCAAGAAGAUGGGGACAACACUGGGGAAGCCCUUUGUCGGUUUAUUCCAAGAAACCGAACCGAGAAUAGUGUUAUUCGGCCUCCCCGGUACCGGAAAAUCAUCGAUACUCCACAAACUCAAAACAGGUGAAGUGCUUUCCACAAACAUGCCCACCGUUGGAUUAGACAUGGAAAGCUUUAAAUACAAGAACUCGAGCUUCUAUUUCGUUGAAAUGGGCGGGCAAUAUCGGUAUAGGAUGAUACCGUUAUGGAAACAUUACUUUCAACAAGUAUCAGGGUUUGUGUACGUGGUCGAUACCAAAGACAGAGAGCGAAUGGAAGAGACAAAGAGUUUCCUUCACAUGGUGAUGGAUGAGAUACAGGGGAAUGUACCGGACAAUGUUGCUGUUCUUGUUUAUGCAAACAAGCAUGAGGUUCCCGGUGCUAUGACUGCAUAUGAGAUCAGUAACGAACUUGAUCUCGCUUCUCUUCGUCAAAAAAACUGGCAAAGAAACUGGCAUGUUCAGAGCUCAUGUGCACUAAGUGGUGACGGUUUACAUGAAGGACUCGACUGGCUCCUGAAAAAUGCUGAGAGAAUGUAA